AUGGUCCGUUUGGGAUACUCUGCCAUCGCCGUAGCCCUUGCUGGGCUAGGCGCUGCCGCUCCCGCGCCGCUUGGUCGCCGUGACGUUUCGACCGAAGCCUUGGACCAGCUGACCCUGUUCGCGGAAUACGCUGCGGCGUCGUACUGCACGCCGAACAUCGAGUCAGUUGGAGACAAGCUGGCCUGCGCAACUGGAAACUGCCCAUUAGUCGAGGCAGCAGACACGACAACGCUGGCCGAGUUCUAUCAGGAAAACGAGUACGGGGACGUAGCAGGUUUCCUGGCUGCAGACACAACCAAUGAGCUGAUUGUCGUGUCCUUCCGCGGCAGUCGAACCCUCGACACCUGGAUCGCAAACCUCGACUUUGGCCUAGAGUCAGUCGCCGAAAUCUGCAGCGGAUGUGAAGCCCACGGCGGGUUCUGGAGGGCAUGGCAAGUUGUUGCGGACUCGUUGACCUCGGCACUUGAGUCCGCUACCGCUACCUACCCCGGUUAUGUCAUUGUCUUCACCGGCCACAGCUUCGGAGGAGCAUUGGCGACUCUGGGUGCUGCGCAGCUCCGCAACGCAGGCUACGCCAUUCAACUUUACCCGUAUGGUAGUCCGCGGGUUGGUAACCCAGCCCUGGCGGAGUACAUCACAGCGCAGGGGGGCAACUAUCGGGUCACGCACACCAACGAUAUCGUUCCCAGACUCCCGCCCAUGUUGUUUGGAUUCAGCCAUCUGAGCCCGGAAUACUGGGUUACCAGCGACAAUGAUAUUUUCCCGACCACAACGGACGUCCAGGUGAUUGACGGGGUUGGUUCGAGGGAGGGGAAUGCGGGCGAGGCUAUCCAAUCGGUGCUCGCGCAUAGCUGGUACCUGAUCGAUAUCAAUGCUUGCGAAUGA